AUGUUCCAACAGAUACAACAACAGGUAUCCAGAUGUCUAGUAAUACUGGCAAUAUCAUUACUAGUAAUCAAUGAUAAUAUAGUCAUAGUCAUGGGUAAUCCAUUGGAAGAUAUAUUGUUAGAGAAGAAGGGUGUGAUGAGUGGCUUCAACUCUAGUGCAGGAUCAUUGAUCGCAGCUAUUGUAGUGGGCACUCCAGUAUUCUUCUUGGUGCAAUACUUUUUGGAACGAUAUGAGAAUAGAGAGCGAGAGCAGACUGAACUCAAAUCAGUACAAAACAAGAUAAUUGCCAAAGAUAAGGAGAAGGCCAACAACGAGUUUAGGAGUCGUGUCGACGCAUAUGGCACGGCCAAGAUACUGCGCGAGUGUAUCGAUCGAUCGACUCUCCCACAGAUAUAUCUUCCCUCGCCAGUCAGCAAACAUUAUUCCAGCUCAUCACUUUCGUUGUCCACUACGACAUAUACCACGACAACGAUGACGCCAAUGCCGGCGCCACACAAUCCAUAUCAAGUGCGCACGACAUCUUGUACAUUCUCCAAGCUAUCGACGCCAACUUCAAGUUUCUGCUUCGAAAAACGUUCGCCGUCCAACUCUGCUCGCUCGUCACCCAUGAUAGUUAGACGUACUAGCAAGCCACUGUUUGGAAACAUUGGUUCUCCACAGGUCAUGUCGCCGCCAUCACCAGUGUUGUCCGUCUUUGGCAAGUCUUACAAAGGUUCUUCUCCGGGUAUAUCUCCAGUAUCCUCGCCAACAAUGAUCAAGCGAACAUUGUCAACGGACAAGACCGUGACGAUACUGAGUCCACCGCGUCCAAAGAGUUCCAAGCUGUUCCAAAAUGCAGCAUUGCUCACUUUGCUGAGUAGCAACACUGUUCCAAAGGAUCAUUGGCACUCGAUUGUCUCACGCAUCCUUGAGCUGGCGAUGACCUAUUGGAGUCCACCCAAGUACGACACUCAUGCAUCACUGACAGCACUCAAUCAGAUCGAGCUGUCGCUCUGUGGAUUCUCGGAGCAGGAGAAACUGAACAAGCAGGUGCAGACCAUAGACGACCAGAAGUACUUCAGUCCGAUCAUCUUUGAGAUAUACGGCAAGGUACUGCCACUACAUGAGUUCAUCAGAGUUCGACCAGCUCGUAUCGAGAAGGAUAUCACAGGUGUCAUGGGAGUGUACGUGAUUGUACUUCAUAGCUUGUUCAACUCAUUUAGCAAUUGGAUGCAUGAGUUGGCAUCGUUCGAUGUCAGGAAGGCCAACUUGGAUGAGAACAAACAGAUCCUGUUACAAUGUCUGGCAUCGGAAAGUCCAAGCAAGGAGUACAUGCAUCAGCUUAGCAUGAACUAUCUCAUCGAUUAUAUACGCAACAUCUUGUUCUACUCUGUGAGGGACUAUAAUGGAUCAAGCUUGUAUAAGAUAGUGGAUCAUUACCAUGGCAUUGCCGAUGACAUUGACAAGCUGUUGUUUGAACAUGAGAUGUUGGUCGACUUUGAACAUAUGAAUAGUUUCGGCAGCAAUGGUAGUCGUGGCAGCCAGCAGAUUGGAAUGGAUGGAGCGACAUCUGUGGACUAUCACGAUAUCAUGAUCACCGUGUCCGCUCCGCCAGAGGAGAGCACGAUUAUACAGGUUGUCGAGAACAAUAUGUUGCGACAGGCCAAGUCGUCCAACUCACUGCGCUUCGACCUGUCGACCACGGGCGAGGCACCGGAUGUCAUAGUGAUCGAGGAGGUCAACAUCAUGACGAUCAUCACCUCGGUCACCAAUCGUCUCUCGCAGAUCGACUUCCACCUGGCCGAGCUGCCUCAGCCGCGACCCGAGUUCCCCUUCAGCACAAUGGUCACGCUCGAGCAACAGAAGACCAUCCUGUCCAGCUGCUACAAUCACCUUCACACAUCACUCGAGAUCUUUGCCGCAUCCGACUCCUUCUCGGCCAAGUUCAAGAUUGACACGAUACCAGUCCUGAGGAUGAUGUUGUCCACGCUCAACACACUGGAGGAGCAUGUGGAGAAUGGCGUGUCCAUUGCCGACCUUCCUGCCGGUGACUUGCUCGAGUGGACGUCCACCUUCACAAAGAUCGCCACCAGUCUCAACAACCUGGUGCUCAAGAACUCGUCCAUUCUCCUUGCCAGUCAGAUAGUCGACUUGAGUUUGGGGGUAAACUCACCAACAUCUCCAAACUUCCAGUCGUCGCGAUUGGCCAGAUCAUCCAGCUCCAACAGUCGACAGUCGCGUAGAUCUGUUGGCUCGCCCAUUGGUUCACCACCUGGAUUGAUAUCAUUCUUGAUGGCCAAUGAACAACAGCAACAACUACAACUUCAACAACAACAACAGCAACUACUACUUCAUGAUCAACAUCAACCACAACAACAGCAACAACAACAACAAGGAGGAUACGAAGACGGAGAUGGUGUCGGAGUUGGAAGUGUUCCAACGUUGCCACCACAACGAGAGCGUUGUUCACAGGUUGUUCAGCUGUCGCAGGACAGUGUGAUGCUGACCACCAUGUCCACGUUUGCCCUGUGUACCAAGGGCAUACCAUCAGGAUCGCUGCCGCCACCCCUCAUCAAAGUGUCGAAGUACUUUGCCGACAGCGUUGGUGUCUUCCUAGCAUCAAUCCGAACCAACAUAUUCUGUACCUACAUAUUACUCAAUCCAAUAUACGAGAUGCAACAACUUUGA